CUGGAGCAGCAGGAGGAGCAGCAGGCAGGACACUUCAUAAAGCCGCGCUCCCAGCUGGGAGGCGAGAGCGGCCGUGCCGCGGCACCAGCGGCGCUGGGGAUGCCAGCCCGGCCCGGAGGCGCUGGGGGAGCGCUGGGUGGCGGCGAUAGACGCUGGGUGGGCGCAGAUAGACCCGUGCUGAGUCACGGCCCAGAGGCCCGGCCGCUUCCUCCCCUCGCUGGCAGGUCCCGGCGCACCCCAUCGCUCCUCCCUUCUUCAAAAGGAAGGAAAGUGUGAGCUCCAGCCCUCUGCAGAGCGAGAGCGGCCAAGGGGCCCGAGGCAGCGGCCCUCGGAGAGCUUCCCCAGCAGACCCCAAGGGAACAGAGCCCCUGCCGCCGCAGUGCUCCUGCCGGGAUGGACGGGCGGCAGCACAGCACCGCCCGGGAGCCUGAGAUCGAGCUCUUCGUCAAGGCCGGUCUGGAUGGAGAAAACAUCGGGAACUGCCCCUUCUGCCAGCGCCUCUUCAUGGUGCUGUGGCUCAAGGGGGUCAAGUUCAAUGUCACCACGGUGGACAUGACCAGGAAACCUGAAGAAUUGAAAGAUUUAGCACCGGGCACCAACCCACCCUUCUUGCUGUUCAACAAGGAGCUGAAAACAGACUUCAUCAAGAUUGAGGAGUUCCUGGAGCAGACCCUGGGCCCACCCACGUAUCCACACCUGAGCCCCAAGUACAAGGAGUCCUUUGAUGUGGGCAGCGACAUCUUUGCCAAGUUCUCAGCAUACAUCAAGAACCCACGCAAAGAAGCAAAUAUCAACUUUGAGAAGGCACUGCUGCGGGAGUUCCAUCGCCUGGACGUCUACCUGAACACUCCUCUCCCAGAGGAGGUUGACCAGGACAGUGUGGAGGAUGUCACCGUUUCCAAGAGGAAGUUCCUGGAUGGAGACCACCUGACUCUGGCCGAUUGCAACCUGCUGCCCAAACUGCACAUCAUCAAGAUUGCAGCCAAGAAGUACCGUGACUUCGAGAUCCCCGAGGACAUGACGGGCGUCUGGCGCUACCUGAGCAACGCCUACGCCUGCGAGGAGUUCACCCACACGUGUCCUGCCGACGAGGAGAUCGAGCACACCUACGCCAGCGUGGCCAGGAAGAUGACCUAGCCACAGGGCUACCGAGCUGGGCUGGCAGCUCUGAGCCCGCCACCGCAGCCCUGACACAGCCAGAGCCAGCCGUGGAGAGACUGCAGAGGGUUUGCAGCACUGCUCGCUCCUGCUGUCACAAACAGCACCUUGCUUCCCUCCUGCCACUGCCUGCUCCUCCUGCGCUGCCUGCAGCCCCUGGGCACAGCAGUGCUGGCCACGGACACACUGCUGGCCACACACACUGCUGGCCACAGAC